GGGAGGGGAAGGCGGCCGCAAGCGAGCCCACUGGAGGUGGGGUAAGAGUGGCAAGCCUCGGCAAACCCUAGGGAACAGCCGGGCCUGGGGGGCGGAGCUCGGCAGCCCAGACCUCUGCGCGGCAGCGAGCGCAGCCGAGCCCCAGGGGCUGCAGGUAGGAGGGGCCGGAGGGAGGAUGGGGGCGCAGAACCGGAAGAAACGAAAGGCUCCUCCGCCUCGCCUUGUCCUAAUUUGGUGCCCAACCUGAGGUCGGGCUGUACCAUUGCGUGACUGGGGAAGCCUGUGGAAAAGGAGACAAGAAAGCCGAAGACACAAAGGAGAGCUGCAAAGAAAGCUAAAGAAGCUUGCGUAUCGAUGCACUUUCAAGAGUUUAAAAUGCCAAAACAAUCCUAGGGAGAAAAUUUCCUGAGGUUCCAAGUGUUCCUAGGGUCUCUCUCCCCCACUCAAGACAUAGGUGGUACCGCCCGGAAGUCCGGGCGGAGACUGCGGCUGCGCUCCUCGCGAAAGGGCAGCCGUCGCGAAGCUGGCCACUUCCGCACUUCCGCUUUCCGGCCCAGCCAGCGCCCGCGAUGACUGCCACUCUCCGCCCCUACCUGAGUGCCGUGCGGGCCACACUGCAGGCUGCCCUCUGCCUGGAGAACUUCUCCUCUCAGGUCGUGGAACGACACAACAAGCCUGAAGUGGAAGUCAGGAGUAGCAAAGAACUCCUGUUACAGCCCGUGACCAUCAGCAGAAAUGAGAAGGAAAAGGUUCUCAUUGAGGGCUCCAUCAACUCUGUCCGGGUCAGCAUCGCUGUGAAACAGGCUGAUGAGAUCGAGAAGAUUUUAUGCCACAAGUUCAUGCGCUUCAUGAUGAUGCGAGCAGAGAACUUCUUUAUCCUUCGAAGGAAACCGGUAGAGGGGUAUGACAUUAGUUUUCUGAUCACCAACUUCCACACAGAGCAAAUGUACAAACACAAGUUGGUGGACUUUGUGAUCCACUUCAUGGAGGAGAUUGACAAGGAAAUCAGUGAGAUGAAGCUGUCGGUCAAUGCCCGUGCACGCAUCGUGGCUGAGGAGUUCCUCAAGAAUUUUUAAACCAUCUGGUUGGAUCUCGUGGCCUUCCCCCCACACUCCCCCGUGUCUCUGCGAAGGCGUCCUGGAGUCACUCCCCAGAGCGGCGGCGGUGGCGGCGGCGGCGACGAGCUGGGUCGGGGUGGGCAUUAGAUGUGGGAGGGGGGUGGUGUGCUUGCUAGCUGGGCAAGAAAGCAGCAGUGGACCUGCCCCACGGCCACACAUGCCUGGUCAGGCUGGCUUCUCAAGUUCAGUCCCCUGGGCUGGGACGGAUUUUUUUUUAAUGUCUUGAAACUUAAACUCUGUGCUUGUAGGAGACUGUAGCCUUUUUGUCUUUUUUUUUUUUUUUUUUUUAAACAAACAGCCUCCUCCUCCAGUGGCUGUGACUGGUCCCAGUGAUUGUACCUUAUUGGUCGCUGUGGGUCUGGGCAGGCCUGGAGCCAGAAGGCGACUACCUUUCCUUCCCCAUGCCACCCCACGUCGAGGGGAAGAAGGUUCAGACUCCAGUUCCUCUCCCGGGCCCGUUUAUUCCCAAGCCUCCUUGGGCCAGCAUAAGUGGUGGGGACCCUCUGCCAGCUUCCUGAGCUCUGCCUGAAGAUGGCCACCCAGCACUGGUUGGGGACAAGGGCUGAAUCGGUGACCACCGGUCAUGCCUAGGAGCUGGGGCUCAAAAGCCAGGCAACCUCUGGCUGUAGGGGCCAUUUGGUGCCCUCCCAGCUGAGGGGGGGCCACUGUUUCGCCUUGUCUAUCAGUGCAGUGCCUGCACCAGAGGUGGAGGGGUGAGUCCUCCAGAGCUUCCUGGCCAGGCCCCCCUCCUGCCUGCUCUGGCUCCUCUGCUCCCACGCUCGCUGUCCCUUUUCUAUUCUGGUGGAGCCUCCUUCCCCUAAUUAAAGUCUUUUCUUGCCCCUUUGGGGCUGCGUGAGGUC